CCAAAACACCCGCUGCGCACAUACAUAAACAAAGUUACAAACGCGCGUUAAAUUUACAACAUUUACAAUCGAAAUCCCGAAGUGUGCGUUGUGAUGGCAUGAUGUGGCAUAGUAACUCAAACUAACGUGUUUGCAAAUCUAAGAAGUGGUAGAAGGCUGUGAUUUGUAACGUGGAUCGUGUAUGGCUUUGAAUAAGUUGCGUUUUAGUGCUUAUCUGUACGAAAAAGGCCUCAUCUAAGUCCUAGCAAAAGGAUGGGCUGUUGUAUCGGUCGCAAAGUGCUACCAAAUGCGACGAAUCGAAGCGUAUCUGCUAGCCGUAGAAUAAGACAUCAAGCAGCCAGUAACAGGACUAUAGAUUAUCGCCACGUUAAAGUGAGUAUGUUUCUGGAACAAAAAUACACACUUUUCACGUCCAUCGGCGAGGGAGAAUUUGGGCAAGUUGUACGAGCCGAACACAAACGCACCAAAAUCCCAUACGCAAUCAAAAUCAUCGAUUUAACGCAAGACAUUUUGGCAAGCUCUAAAUUGGAGUUAAAAAUUUUGGAAACAGUGAAACACAUACAUGUGAUUCGACUAUACGAGGUCUUACAGACCUCACGUCGUAUGUAUCUUGUUAUGGAUUUAGCGACAGGAGGACAACUAAUGGAUCGUAUAUGUGUAUUGGGCAAUUUUGACGAGUGUGAUGCGACAAAGGUGUUAUUUAUGAUCCUCGACGGGCUACGGUACCUUCACUCGCGUGGCAUCACCCAUCGGGAUUUGAAACCUGAAAAUGUCCUCUACUAUCAUCCAGGCGCUGAUUCGAAAAUCAUAAUCACAGAUUUCGGCUUGUCCGCAAUGCGCGACGAUCCGGACAGCACUGCGAAACAUUUGAUGAAAACGGACUGUGGAACAAUCGAAUAUAUGGCACCCGAAGUCAUUACUCGCGCGCCGUACACCAAUGCAGUUGAUUUGUGGUCCAUGGGUGUUAUUGCCUACAUUGUACUCAGUGGUCGGUUGCCGUUCCCGCUCAAUGGAAACGUGAUGUCCACUCUACGCGCGAUUUGUUUUUGCAAAUACAACUUUGAAGGAGAGGUGAGUUCAAAAAGCAUUUUAUUUUGUUUCGACUUUUGUUAACUCUGGCAGAUAUGGUUUUUUUUUCGCUAUACAACAAAUUAUAUUCAAACUACAGGUGCGACACUUAGUACUGGUGUCGUGCUAUAACCGUGGUGUGUUACAAGGUCAGGAAUAUCAGACGACGUGUUCCCCCCGCAACUCAGUCUCUGGUUUAAACGAAUUAAUGCAUUCCUCCGAACGAAUUACGUUCACCACUAAAUGUCUUGCCUCUCCAGCCACUAAUUACAACUCUGCGAACGAAUACAUAUUUGUUGUAUUGGAAUUCCGUUUUAAUGAUUGCGAAAAUGUUUGCCUACGACGUCAAACUUCUGUCGUACUGAAUGUAAUGUAGUGAGCGAUAUUUCGUAUACAUAACAAGGAGUUUUACUAGUAUAGGUAUAGUGUUUUUCCACACCGAAAAUGACUGAAAAACAAGGUUUGACUUUGAACUACUUUAAACUGUCUUAAAAUCAUUAUAAUAAACGACAAGUACAACAAAACAAAUGAACCGGAAUUUAAGGAAAAUUUCCAAGCAAAUGCCGAGUUAGUUUAUUGUUGUUUAAUACCGUGGUAUCAGGACAACAGUUUCUAUGUGUUUUGCUCAUCAAUUAUUUAUAAGUUUGAGAACUGUACUUGAAAAUCGUCUUUUGCAAUGAGGCAAUUUCCAGUUAUGCGUUUUCGCUACGGAACUGGAAAACUUUGAAUCAAUUUUAUAUUUGCAUGUAAUAAUUGCCUCUGUAUACUAUUUUAUAAACAGUACUAAAUGCUUUUCACUUAUUAUAAAUUGUGGUUGCUCAAUAAUUGCAACAUAAAUUGGAUUUAAACUUUUGCGUGUAGUGUCCAAUAAAAACACGCGACUUGUAUAGUACCUACUUUUUUUAAACCACUUAAUUCCUAGUUCCGGACAAGUGUUUGUGCGAUUUUAUAAAAGUUUAAAACCUCACAAGGGUCUAGUAUUGGUUUACGUUUCAUCGUAUAUCAAAUUCUAAUGUAUAAUUCGAUUUUUAUUUGCCUGUUUGUAUGCAGGACAAAUCGUUUUACAAUCGGAAAUCGAGUAAAAUUCAAGUUUUGAUUUCCAGUGGUGGCGGAGUAAAAAAUAAUCAAUAUACUCUUGAAAACAGCAAAUAUUUGAAUCUCUUGAUUUUAUUGAAGAGGGAAAAUUUUAGUUGUAUAAAUGAGCGCUAGUUUUACACGUCCUUCCAAAGGCAAAUUGUAUAACUUUUAUAUUAAAAUUAUUACUAUUGCAAUACGCGUAGUCUAAUUAUAGAGCAGCAGCGUUAUGGUAAUGGUGAGAGGAAAUUAUUAAGCCAAGAACGAAAUCCAUUACCACAGCUGGAAAGAGCAUCUUAAAGUGAGUAAAAUUGCAGAGUUUGGUUGAGAAUUGUUGUAAAAUGAGGAAAAAUAUAGCCCUGUGAAGUUCGCAAGUUUUGUAGUAUAUAUUUGCAUUACGCGCGGGAAAAAUAACCAUUUUUGAGCUGAAAGUGAUUAUUUUUACCGCGCGUAAUACAAAUAUAUACAAAAUUUGAGAAUUUCACAGGUCUAUAUUUUCUUCAUUUUACAACGUUUAGCGACCAGUCUUUGCCACUUUACUCAUUCUAAGACGCUCAUUCUAUAGACUCUAUAGCUGUGGUGUUGGAUAUCGUUCUUCUUGCCUUGACCAAAAUUUAGUCUAUAGGCUGAUUUCCACUGUUGCGUUUUUCGUACGCACGUAUACGCACGUAAAACUUUGAAUCCUUCUAUUUUUUAAAUAUUUUACAAAUAAGUUAACAAAUGCAUACUAAAACUUGCGGAACAAUAAAUUAUGUCGCUUUAUUUAUCGGGUUAUUUCAUAAGUAACAUUUAAACGAAUUUAAAUUUUACGUGCGUAUACGUACGUAUGAAACACGCAACAGUGGAGAAUCAUCCAUUACAAUCAAACGGCAAACUCCUAUAAUAAGAAUUCAAAUCUUGAAUUUGCCUUCUUCAAAUUAAUGUUCCUCAAAAGUAUACGUAACAAAAAUGGAAAAUUCGACCAUACAAUAAGCCAUUAUGUGUGCAAGAAUAAAGUAUACUUGGCUGUAUUUUUGUUACAUGACUCAAAUGAGAGAUAAAGUAUUACACUUUUUUCCACCUUUGAUAAUGUGAUAUUAAUAUAUUACUGUACACUGUGUUGUACAUUGCCAUUAUGAUCUUGACUUUAAUAGCAUGCAAAGUAAUAAUUACAGCAGAGUAAGAGUUAAUAAGGUGAUAUCAUGCACGAUGUUAUACUAAACUAUACGGCCAUAUAGUAAAAUGCAAUGUUCAUAUUUUAAGUUUUUAACAUAUAUAUUGUUAAAAACUUGUUGUACAGAAUAUAAUGCCCAAUAUAUAUACAAAAUACGUUGUUCCUUAAUGAUUUUCUGGAUUUUGAAUUCUGAUGUGAGAUCAGAAACAAACAAUGCAUAAUAUGUUAAUUAGCGAAUAUUUCAGACUAAUAAUCAUCUUUUACUAUCAAGAUAACUAAGAUGCUUAUUCCGGUCUAACUUUAAAAAUCCGCAUGCAGUAAAGAUAUCGCAUUUCCUCUUAUCCUUUUCCUCAAAACUCGUUGGAGCUAGCUAUUAAAAUGUACAUAUUACAGGAGGAAGUUUUUGUCGAGGAAGUUUUGCCGCAUUGCACCAUGCAGGAAGAAUUGAUUGUGUAACAUGGCUUUAAUUAAAGGCCACUGUGUUGCUGUCAUUGAAACAACACUUUGUAGGCUAUACUUAAUUCAAAACUGAAUACACUCAUGCAAUUUCUAAAGAGGUUCUCGUUAACAUUAAUUUAAAUUUAAAACAUUUUAAAUUUAAUUUAAAACAUUUUAUUGUAAAGUGUAUGAUAAAAUUUUCUGCUGACCUUUCGACGUUAACAGAACGUCAAAGUGACAACUCAAAAAUUAUAAAAAAAUUUCAAAUUUGAAUGCUAAGGUAAAGCAAUUAAAGUAAUGAAUAAUUAAUGAAGUAUAAUAGAAUCUUUAGUGUUUUAAAAAUCUGAAUAGUUUUAGAAAUCUUUGACUUUGAUGACGUUAAAAAAAUUUAUCAUGUACAUAUUAGUAAAGCAAAUAUACUAUCGAAGAAUUUUAUUAUAAAAUGUCUAAAGAAACUGCAUCAUCGCAGACUUCAUCUGUAUGUAUAGUUAUGCAACUUUAAAACCAAUGACAGACUUGCACAACAUGGUAAAAAAGAGAAAUUUCAUGUGCGAUAAACAUGAGAUAAAUCUAAAGGCAAUUUUAAGUCAAUAACGCACUAUACAAUACUGACUAUGUAAUAUGUGUAGACUCUCAGUAUUUAAAGAUUAGAAGUAUACCAGACUUCCCCCACUUAAUUUUGAAUUUUAUUGCUUUUAAACAUUUCCUAUCGAAUUUACUUAAAUAUUGUCAUGGAAACCAGACUAUUUUGCCGUAUUUACAGCUCAAAAGAUGUGCGGAAUUUUUCUUCAGACGCUUCUGGCGUCACUACCCAUGCAAAGGGCACUUGACAGCAUUGCAUUUACCCGUUCAUCGCCAUAAUAAAUGUCAAGCCGUCUAGCUAUAAUAUAUUUCUCAGCUCUGUAGGUCAAUAUCACACGGAUUAUAUCACAUCUGUAAUAUGACAACUAUUACGUCAAAGUCAUUUAAUGUACGAGAUUCCAUUAUUUUAGCAUUAUAAAGUUUUAUACUCAUUAACAUAAAAUACGUAGACUACUUAAUUUAAAGAUAUCGCGGUAAAAGAAUUGAUAUGCACGUAUGAGAUAUCUCUUUUGUAAUCAGUCAAAUACUAUAUCAAUAGCUUGCUGUACAAAUUGGGCGCCUCAUUAUUUGGUCAUGAUAUGAACCUGACGCUGUUCUAAGUGUGGGCAAUUUAUAAACCACGCGAAAAUAAAAAAAGCCAUUCAAUCAUGUUCAACUGAAUUAGUAUUUCACUUGAAGUCACUGACAACUGUCAUUAAAUCAUUUUCAAUCGAAUCAUUUUUCGAAUAUAUCAUUUGGAACACAGGCUAUAGUGUAAAGCAAAAUAAAGAUAGGUAUAUGUAAUACAGUAGAAUGUAUGUUCUAAUUUAAAGUGAAUCAAUCAAUCUUUGAGCAACUUUUUGCGUAUUUGAACAGUGGAAUACUUUGAUUCGUUUGAUACGCAUAUUCUAAUUCUUUCUGUCUUUAAAGUUCAACUGCAGUAUAUCGCGACGUAGAACACGUCAUUAGGUAGACUUUCUCAAAGUCCGUAUCAUUUUCCCGCCUACCUUGGCGCAAGUCUUUAGUCGGGCAUGCAUUUGGCUGCGCAUGGUAAACUCUGAAUUGGCUUGCGUGGGGUGCGCAAAAUUGAAUUGGUUUGCGUGGGGUGCGCAAAAUUGAAUUGGCUUGCGUGCGUUUCGAACCUGAGUGAGUGAAAGUUUACGUCCAUGGUUGUAUAACUUAUGAUUUCAUCUUGGUGACACUUAUCUAAUAAAUCAUCGCACUGGACAUCUACGAAGAACAGUUUAGAACUGAUAAAGCUACCCAAUACAUACAAGGGUGUGUAAAAGAAACAAGACCUUUAGGAAUCAAGCCGCUAUUGUUGUCAAGCACAAGAUUUUAAGCAGAAAAUAGUUUCUAAUCGUAUGAAGGAGCAUAUAAUUGCGAGCAAAUUGUCAUAUUUAUACUAAUCAGUCAUAUCAUAAGUUCGAAUAAAAAGUGUUCAACUGACCAAAGAGUAAAGCGUUUUUACUGUUACGCGCUGCUUUAAAUUAAUCAUCUCAUAAAUCAUAAUUCAUAUGUUGGACGAAACCAAAUUAAAGUUGCACAAAAUUCACUUCUAUUCUGUUUUACAGCAUAGUGCUCUACGAUAGUGCUACCCAUUCAAAUCAUAGAUAUGUUAUAUACACUAGAUAGCGCAUCUCUUUUAAUAAAAUUGAAGCCAAGAAUAUUCCAGUGGUUACCCCCAUUUGAAUAGAUGGCGGCCAUGUUCGUAGUUCCCACUCGCUAAUAAACGCUUAAAAAACAACAAUAACUUUCAUCAUUUGAAUAGUUUAAAAAUGUAUUUGGAAUAGGUUUAACUUAAUGUUUAAGUUCCCUGUUUAAGAAAUAGAAAACAUACGAGUCUUCUCAUUUCAUGGGAAUAUCCUGCAUGCCAUAAGACUGCAAUCACGGCUUCAAUUUUUGAAUUGCAGAAUAAUUAGAUGCACUAUCUAGUGUAUAUAAGAUAACUAUAUGAUUAAUAGCUUGAUUUCCAAAGGUCUCGUUUUUUUGUACACCCUGCAGUAUAUUACGUUUUUUAAACGGCCGCGCACGCAGUCAAUACAACCUAUAAGUUCGCCCAAGGUUAUAUUUGUAUGCUUACAAGGUCUUGGAAUGCAAAUUGAUGCAAGGUUAUUUCAUUGAAAUUACAAAUGUGAGACUUUCUUUCCGGAGGAAAGCUUGAAUCAACAACAUGCCCGGCAGGGCUCUGUUUUAUUGAACAAAUGCCCAACUGCGCAGACUUUCUAUCUAAUUAUUAGAGCAUUAGUAGUUAGUGGCAUUAUAGCGUGGGUAUUUUCCUUGACAUCAUUGUGUAUGAUAAUUAUAUACAAACACGAGCCGAAAUCACGACAAGUCAGUAGGAUAAGGAGCUUAAAAAAAACUGAGUAAAUAUUUAAGAAUUCUGUUGGUAACGUAAAAAAUGCCCGAACUUUUCAACGGUCAUAUAAAUAUAGACUAGUCACGAAAAUAUAGACUAUGAUAUAUAUAUAUAUAUAUAUAUAUAUAUAUAUAUAUAUAUAUAUAUAUAUAUAUAUAUAUAUAUAUAUAUAUAUAUAUAUAUAUAUAUAUAUCAACAUAAAAAUAUCUGUAGUCAAAACUUUUUACAGUAAGAACUAUUAUCAAAAUAAUAGCAGUCGGUGGAGACGCGUGACUUGCAAAGUGGUUGAUUUUGAAGAAACAUAAACUUCCGCAUCCUUUUAUCGCAAUGAAAAUCUAUCAAUUUGUCUCUUUCAAUAUUGCACAAUUGUGGAUUUCAGAAAUUUUCUUUAAUUAAAUCAAAAAAGUUCUAGAAACUUUGCAGACGCGUGGCUUGCAAAGUGGUUGAUUUUGAAGAAACAUAAAUUUCCGCAUCCUUUUAUCGCAAUGGAAAUCUAUCAAUCUGUCUCUCUCGAUAUUGCGCAAUGGUGGAUUUCAGAAAUUUUCAUUAAUAAAACUUUCUAGAAAAAAGUGCGGGCUAAUGAACUGACAGGUUCGUCCGCCAACGGUACUUUCAGUAGGCUACUUAAUUACAGAAUCUCGCUAUCAAUCGUUCAAGAUAUUUGCACUGAUGCCAAUUUCACGAACUUUCUAUAGUACGUUUGCGGAUAGUUGAAAUGCAUGACAGUAUCUUCCGCAAAGCUUAAUAAGUUCCUUAUAAGUACAUGAUUGAUUUUGGUAAAACAUGAGUGCGUGGUGUCAUCAGUGGAAUUAUAGUAAAAGUGCUCCAAGAAUUGUCAUCCCUUUUUAGUAUCGGUCCUUUCUUUCUCCAGGGGUAAUUGAAACUAACUUAUUUAUUUAUGGUGGAUAUCACUGAAUUCUGCUUAAAAUGCUCCCCUGAACAGCCAUUUUUUUCGACAAUCUCAGGGUGUGUUAAAAACUUCUAUAAAGCGCAGGAAUGUAAACAAUGGCAAAAUAAAUUCUCGUUCCAAUUUCGUGAAAUCGAAAUUUUCCUGACUUGCGGAAUCCAUGUGGAUUUUAGAAGAAACAUUCUGAAUUUUCAGUUUGCGUGUCGGUUCUUGCAAAUCGCUAUUAAGUCCGAAGUCGAAGAUAUUAAGUGUUUCCCGUGCAUUGUCUUUCUGUCACGCAAAUGCCCGAGGGGCUGAAUUUCGUGUUAGAGACGCAAUUUAUUCAAAGUUUGCAAGAUGACUGCCUUAAUUUCGAAUCUGUGCGCAAACACUACACGCUAUAUGCGACAAAUUUGCAUAAAUUCCGCAUCGAAAAUAUCAGCUUAACGUGAUUAUAAUACGUGCGCGCAUGCGUCAAAUACCUGAACUUGACAUUUAGAGUUAUGUUUCAUCAGACAGACGACCUGUUCCAACGUAACAAAGCUAAACCGAUUUAAUACUUCAAUUACUUUGUUAAGUGCGCAUUUCAGCAAUUGUGUAAAUGACACCCACUUAUACAUUGUAAGGCUUCGGUAUUUACCAUACAAGUGUUUAUAUUGAUCCAAUUUCACUAUUCAAAGAAGUAAAAUACAGUAAACAACCAAAUCGCAUACUUUUAAUCGAGACAGGAAUAAUCUUUGAUAAUAUAUCAAAUUAUUGCCAAUUUAAUAUUUGGCAUUAUUGUACAUUUGAAAUACAGUUAUUCCAAUUUAUUUCGAUUCCAUUUUUGAAGAUCAGAGCAGUGAUGCUAAUUUUCCUUAUAUUCAGGAUGGUACGCCGACUAGUGAGCCCUGUCGUGUGUGUACUUUCAUGUCUUGUCUUAAUAACAAACUUUACCAAUAUUUGAAAUUUUUCUGGUGGGUCAUGUCCAAAUGCUUCCAUCGAAGAGCUCCCCUCCCAACCGCCCUUGUUAAAAUUUUAUACAGUUACUGCACGAGAGGUCCAACAACGUCUGUGUGUAAUCCAUGUAAAUCAGUGUGUAUGAUAAUCUUUUAAGGCAUAAUAAAAAUUUGAGAAAAUGUUAUGGAAUCGGUGCUCUAUUGAGUAAUAAUACAUGAUCUGCAUCUUGUAAUUUUAUCCUGAAGUAGAAUAUAGUUUAUGAUGACUGCCCUGAUAUGAGUAUUUCUUGUGACAGGAAAAGACUACAUAAAUGUACAUACUAGGAGUGGAUAGAGCAACGUUUUUGAAUUCAGGGAAUUAAUUUUGAAGCCAGGAUAUUUAUGAUGAGAAACGAUUUUUGAAUCUGUCACGUUCCUUACGAAUCAAAUCGUUACUUGUUAAAACUAGUUAUAGUAUCAAGCAAAUAUAUUCUUCUACGUAACUUGAAAGAUAUAGCUUGAGGCGGCCAUUUGGGUGUGACCUCAUUAAUUAUUCACUGGCAAAGCGGCCACUGAUAACCAAAUCUCUCUCCAGGCGAUAUUUUCUAUUCUCAUCACUCGCUAGUCACCAGAAACCCUCUUUUGGCAUGCGCAUGUUGUUUGUUCACUUUUUGUAAUGACUAUUGUCCACAUAAUGUUUAUUGUGUGCGUAACUGCAAUACUACUUUGUAAACUGGUCGAUAUAUCAAGGUUUCAUACAGUGAUUGUGAUAGGCUGUGUAAUAUGCUGACAUAGAUGAGAUUGGAAAUGAGCACCACUUUUUAAUGUAAUGCAGAAAUUCUAUAAAAUUUACCAAUCUGAGAAAUUUCAUAAAUAAUUUAUGUAAAAUAAAUCGUUCUUUCUGUUUGUGAACUCAACAAGAUCUUUUUAGAUAUAUCAUGGCUAUUCAAGACAAGACAAUUUAUGAACUUUGUUUGCCAAAUACUGUUAUGACACUUUACUAGCGGUUUUUGAAAGUGUAAAUUAGGGCCUCUUUUAAUACCAUAGACUGGGGGGACUCCCCAGCCCCUGUUUUGGCCCCUUAUGUUGUCCCCCUCCCAGUCAAGCUCCCUUCUGUCUACAAUAUAAGCAAAGAAGGGAAGAAUAACUAAGUUAAGAAGAGUAUUUUAGUAUUUCCAUGACCAAAUCUUCGCCUGGCGGAUGAAAUACGGUAUAUAAAAAAAAUUGUGUCUAAAAAUGCCGAAAAUCAAGCCCCAGACACUUAAAAAUAUAAAAUUUUCUGGGCGAGACAAGUUGCCACUUUUCCCGUCCACCACCUCCCAAUUGGGUCUCCUUUCCCUUUCUCUUGAUGGCCCCUCCACUGACAAAUUCCUAAAAGAGGCCUUGGUUUAAAUUAGGUUUAUUAGAGAAGUUGUUAUAUUUUAAAAAUUUCAUAAAACUAGAUAUGUAGUUAAUAAAUACAAUAAAUACAAAUACCAACAUGGCAGCCAUUGCCUUCAUUUAUACAUGUUUUGAGAUCAGCGGUGUAAUAUCAUUAAGAUCUUUACAUGUAAAAUCCGAUUAAACCGAAAAUAACCAACAUUACAAUAAUAACCAGUCGAUUGUUAAUAGUUCCACGGAGUAGAAAAUUAUUUAUAGAUAAAUCAUGGAACUACGCCGUCAAAACAGGUAAGAACGGAAUUAGGAAUUGAUUAUGAUCCAAAUUUUUAAUAACAUAGAGAGCGUAUAGGUCGUCGGCAAGAACACAGUGUAAUAAUGCUGUAAACAACUAGUCUAAUAAUAACAACCUCCGCGGUCUUAAUUCAGGUCUUAAUUGGAUUUUGCUUCUGGCCUUGUUGAUCUGAUGGACAUGAAAAACAGAGAUAUAGAAGAACCGGUUUUAAAAUCAGUUAAAUUAAAAUGAGAGAAGAGACAUUCAAAGGAGCAGUGUCACCAACCUGCCAAGAGAAAAGACCCUGCGUACGAGGUUGCAGCGUCACCGCGUGCGCAUCUCUUCUGCGCAUACAUAAACUUGAAAGAACAGGCUGUUUUUUCAAGUUUAACAAAUCCAAGAUGGCGGGCGCUCGUGUGGAUGAAAUUAAACAUAAAUGAAAUAUACGAAGUGAGAACUAACAGACUGCAUUGGAAUUAUCAAUUCAAGAUGUAAAAACCUCGAUCCAUGGGACUUGGGUGGCAUAGUCAUGAGUUCCUCCUGGGUUCGGUUUUCGCUGUGGACUCAUGUGAAAAGAGUCGGUGAACGCUCUGCCGAAAGUCGUGGGUUUUCUCCGGUUUCCUCCCACAGGGAAAGUUGACAGGGUGGGUUAGGAUAAACACAGGCGAAAGUCGUGGGGUUUCUCUGGGUGCUCCGGUUUCCUCCCACAGGGAAAGUUGACAGUGUGGGUUAGGAUAAACACAGUUAAUUAAGAAAGUAGUAUCGCAAUUGUUGUAAAGAUAAAAUAGUCUAGGCAAAUAUCUAAUUAGAUAAGCGUAACCAUAGAUUAUAGAUUGUACCAGAUGUCUCACUCAGCAAAAAUUGUGUCCGUGAUUUUUUAUGAGCACACGUUGGCCGCCAUUUUGGCAGUAAGUGUAAUCCACGCCAUGAAACGUGAGCAAUCACACAUUUUGGCAGUAAGCGCCAUUUUGGCAGUAAGUGUCGCACGCGUCAUCUGGCGUGGACACGAAAAUCAUAGGGAUAGAUACACAGUGAGACAUCUGGUAUGAUCUAUAGUCUAUGGCGUAACACUUGAUGUGAAGCGCAUUUGAUCAUAUCCGAAUGCAAAUUUGCGCUAUAGAAAUGGUAAUCGUAAUCGUGGCCAAUAGACCUUAUGCAUAAUGACGUCACAAGGCUUGAUGCCCGCGUGGAAUGCUGGUCUUGGUAGUCAUCGCCCGGGAAAAUUCAAAAUUCAAAAUGGCCACUAUCGAAAUUUUCCCGGACGAUGACUACUAAGACCAGCAUUCCUCGCGGGCAUCAAGUCUUGUGACGUCAUUAUGCAUAAACUCUACGUGUAUUUGGUUUGUAAAACGUUAUGCCAUAUUUGAGGGCUUAAACUAAAAGUGCCGCUUACCGCAAAGAUGUAUUUUGUAUGGGUAGCAUUUGCGUCGUACAAGGAAGAAAUGUAAUAGAUCUUCAAGUUUAUAGUAAAAAAAGCUCAUUUGAAAGUGAAAAAGUUGCCGGAUAUAAUGUCAUUACUCAUCAAGUGAAUUCCAACACCAAAAAAAAAACUAAUGAAAACUAAUUGACAACUCAUCUAUUGGCAACAUAUCAGGCAAAUUGACCGUGAAAAGUUGAUCAAGAUGAGGUAUUCUCAAAAGAUAUAUUCUUUCCAGAAUGACUCACUAUAGGCGCACACUAUACUCAGCGCCUACUUUCGGAAGUUUCUUAGAAAAAACAGUCAAAACACGCUUGUGAAAAUGACAGUAAUGAAAAUGGCGCUCUGGAAAUGACCCUCACAACAGGCUACCAAUAUUGUUUUGAUUUUUAGUAAUAGCCAAUUAAAGGUCUCCAGUUGUUUAAAGACUCGACCAGACAUUGAAAGCGAAAACAAGUUCAGAAUAGUAAAUAUAGUUACAAACACAUGCGCGCCACGUGUGGCAUGGUUUUACUAAGUUGUGUUUUGAUUAUGUGCCUCCUUUGGUUGGUGAGAGCCAGAGGGUGAUAUGGAACUCCUCUACAUAACUACAUGUCAAAGAUUGUCUGUCCGGAAAUAGGAAGAAAUAUGCUCCGUUUUCGGUUUUCAAAAUAUGUUAAUGUGUGUUUCGAACAGUUUUGCCUUCCCACUGUUGGCAGGAAUUAUGGGAAAUAUACAAGGAAACAACAUCUUCACAAUAUCUUCUUCCUCUUGUUGACAACAUCUUCACAACAUUUUCUUCCUCUUGUUGGUAAUGUUUCACCAGACAGGAAUUAUGGGAAAUAUACAAGGAAACAACACCUUCACAACAUCUUCUUCCUCUUGUUGACAACAUCUUCACAACAUCUUCCUCUUGUUGGUAAUGUUUCACCAGACUCACUGCGUACAUAGGUUGUGCCUAGUGCCUGCAAGCACACAAGCAAUGCCGAACAUGCUGAACUUAGGAUAAAAAUAUUCAACGCGUUCCCGAGAGCCUCGAGGAAAGUAGAAAAACGAAAGAGAUAAGACAUAAGUGUGUUAACACGAGGCAAUGUUUUCUCCAAGAUGCAACGCAACAAAAACGUCCUCCGACCUAUAAUAUGUACAUUUAGCUAGUUCAAAUGGGUUUCGACGAAAGGAUAAGAGGAAAUGCGAUAUCCCUUUAGGCUUACUGCAUGCCGAUUUUGAAGGUUAGACCGGAAUAAGAUGAAAGGUUAUUAUUAUAGUCUGAAAUAUUUCUAUGAACUGGCAUAAGUGUCAUUGUCAACCACAAAUAUGAUUGAUUGAUUGUUGGUAUGGAUAGCAUUUGGGCCGUACCGGAAGAAGAAAUGUAAUAGAUCUUUACGUUUAUGGUAAAGGUCACCCGAUAUAAUGUAAUUAGAUGAAUUCCAGCACCAAAGAAAAGUAAUGAAAACUAAUACAACUCAUCUAAUGCCAGUAAUGGCAACAUAUCAGCGGCAAAUUGACCGUGAAAAGUUAAUCAAGAUGAGGUAUUCUCAACAGAUAUUAUUACCCUUCUUUUCAGAAUGAUCCACUAGUAUAGGCCCACACUACACUCGACGCCUACUAUUGGACGUUUCUUAGAAAAAACACGUUCAUGAAAAUGACAGUAUGGGCGGUCUGGAAGUGACCCUCUCAACAGGCUACCGAUAUUGUUUUGAUUUUUUGUAAGAGUCAAUUAAAAGUCUCCAGCAAUCAAAGACUCAACAAGACAUUGAGUUAUAAACUAAAAAUAAAUUCAAUAGCUAUAAACAUAGUCACAGGCCACGUGCAAGGCAUGUCAUUUUAAGUUGUGUGUUGAUUUUUCUGACAGCCGGGGGCGGGGAGGGGGGAUAAUUAUUUUUUUAUUACGUUUGUAAAAGACGGAGUGUAUCAAGUCUAUAAAAGUUUUGUUUUCCCUAAAGGAAUCGGAAAAAAGUAUUCCACUUUAACUAGAAAUACAUCCACGCAGCACCCCCUCGAAUCUUCAAACCAAACGUAUAGUUCCAAAUCAUUAUUUCAACAGCAAUUUCACGUUUCACAUUAACCAUUCGACGACAAUUAAAAAAACAAGUUUUUAUAAACUCUAAAUUGUAUUUUUUAUCUGGAUGAUUAUUGGCCUUUCUUAAGUCUUAACCCGUUGGCUUGUUUUUACGUUUAUAAUAUCGAAACUAAUUUCAACAUUCAAAGACUUUUUCAAAACCAACCAGUAUAUCUAGUAAACGUCAAGAAAAUGUAUGUUUGCAGUAAAAUUGCUACAUCUAACAUUUUUACGUUCUUUUUCUGCCGGCGGCCUCAAAUAAAUUCACGGCUAAACAUGUAAUGAUGUAAAUCACCUCUGCCGCUCUGGGUAAUUCACGCCUCACGAAAAUAUUAUCCCACUCCCUUAGUCUCCUUAAUACUUUAUUAUUGUCAAGCGAAGAGGAAAACACAAAAUAUUAAUAACCAUACCUUUUUCAAUGUCUUUAAUUGGACAUCUUAAACAUGGAUUCAAUCCGAACGAAACCAAUUUUGGACUUUCCUUUAUCGGCGAAAUGUAUGAACUCGUCGAAAAGAACAAUUUUACAGUAGAAGUACAAAACGUUCGACGAAUAGUCGUCUUUGCUAGACUUUGUAGCUACCGUAUAAAACAGUUUACAAAGACAAAAACUCAUAGUUGCUUUUCUUCACGUUUUGUCAUUUUUAUUGCCGUUUAUUUCAGCUACUAAACUACAGACAAUAUGAUUAUAUGGUAUGAAGUUUUAAACUUUGAACUCUGAAAAGUUGACACGUGGCAUGCGAAUGUUCAAACAUCGCAAAUUUUCGGAAUUAUAAAUAUUAAUCACACGCAAAAGUCUCACAUCUUGUAGCAAAUCUGUCAACAACUUGUCUUCGCACUGCUUGUCCUAAGUUGUCAACAAGUUUGUAACAAACUGUUAACAACUUUUAACAACCUUCUUGAUAUUAUCAGACUUGUUGCAAGAUUAUUCCAUUCAGUUCCAAUCAGUUCCAAUUCCGAUACAGUCAUGACAUAACAAUAUUGUUACAACCUUGUGUCAUCAAACUUGCAACAUUCUUGUCAUAUCAUGACUGUAUCAACUGUAUCAGACUUGUUAGAACAAUUUUGCUACAAGUCUGAUAAUGCCAUCAAGCUUGCCACAAGUUGUUAGCAGCUUGUUCCAAACUUGUUACAACAACUGGGAACAAGCAGUGCGAACACAACUUGUUGAUAGCUUGUGAACAGAUUUGUAACAACUUGUUUGUAGACCUGUAACAAAUUAUCCGUUUUUACGUGUGUAAGAACGCGCUACUACACACGUAAAAACGCACAAGUUGUUACAGGUCUGCAAACAAGCUGUUGCAAAUCUGUUCACAAGCUGUCAGCAAGUUGUCUUCUCACUCCCUGGUCCCAGUUGUUGUAACAAGUUUGAAACAAGCUGUUAACAAGUGUAACAAGCUUAAUGGCAUUAUCAGACUGGUUAUGAGGUUGUUCUACCAAGUUUGAUACAGUCAUGCAUGAUGUAACAAGAAUGUUACCAGGUUGACGACAAAAGGUUGUAACAAUAUUGUUAUAUCAUGACUGCAUCGGACUUGUUGUAACAACCUUGAAACAAGUCUGAUAAUAUCAACAAGGUUGUUACAAGUUGUAAACAGCUUGUUCCAAACUUGUUGACAACUUGGUACAACCUGUCAAUCUGACAUCAACUUGUUAUAACAACCUUGUGAUUUUAAUUUCAGCCAUGGGAUGACAUUUCAGAUGACGCAAAAGAUUUCAUUAGCUCACUUCUUGUUUUCGAGCCCUCGCAACGCUUGACAGCGGACGCCGCGUUGGGUCACAAAUGGAUAAAGAACAAACAACACAAUAAACUAAACCUACAAACGUCUAUAAGCUCUAACUGGGGUGAUUCGUGUGUGUCUUUGAAAAACGAGAAAGCCAAACGGCACGCCAGGACGAAAGAUUCUACAAAUCCAUCUGAGAAUUCACCCAAAAAGUCUACAUACGGGGCUAUUUACAAAUCACAUGACGAUAAGUUACACAGUAUAAGCGCAAAAGACUCUGGCGGAAAAGAGCAUAAACCAUUAACAUGUCGAAACAGCACAAGUGUGAAAAGAAAGCCGUCAAGGCAAUACCGGUCGAAAGUAAACCCUGUAAUGGUAGAAAAAACAGGAAAACUAAAGGCUCAGGAUUUGAAUGGUAAUGCAACGACAGACAAUACUGUCAAGUGAAAAGAAUUGAAAACUUGUAUGAAUCGAGGCUGUACAAAGGCGAACUUGCUAUCUUCAUUGAAAACGUCAGUCGUUCGGCAUAUGAGAAAAGUGAAGCCAAGAUGUUAGCCAUUGACGUCCAAUAGUUCUGAAGGUCGUAAACAGCCUUCUUCUCUGCGAUCAUUGAACAUAUCAUACCAGCUUGUGACGUCAUAGAUUUAUUUCAUUUGAAAAUCAAACAAACUAAAACAACUCAAGAAUGACAAGAGGUUCUUUCUCUCCAAAUAGAAUUUAAUUUUAUUGCUGUUACUCCUUGAAUGAAUAAAGACAGUUUUCGGACUGACAAAAACGCUCGGCAGACCAAAUUGAAAAUUUUGAUGUUUCCUCGACAAAUACCCGUUUUGUUGCUGCGCAAAAUUUUAUUACUGCGCAAAUCCAUAUAAUGGAACCAUUUGGCACCAUUUGAUGUUGAACAUCAUGUGUGUAGCACCAUAUAAAAUCCUAAUUGAAAACUAUACAAUAGAUACAAGUGUACGUGUUUUAAAUAGCUUUAAACACCACUCAACAGAUGCCGUUCAGUAGUAUUCUUUAUAUAAAGAAUACUAAUUAGGAUGGACUUUAUAUAAAGAAUUACUAAUGAAUAUGAGUUUUAUCAGGUAUAAAGCCUCUUCACGUGACAUAUUAUGGUUGACAUGAUUUGUUAAUGAGUUAAGUGUUUGAAUAUCGAUUACAAAAGUCUUAUAUUUUUAUACAACGAAAAAAAACAAAAUGUUAAUAUUUAAAAGUAGGUUUCUUGCGAACACGUGAUUUGGUUCAUUGUAAAUAAGCAAUACGUAUGAUGGACGGUUUUUAAAAUGCCACUCACCUAAAUAUGAACAUGCAUGUUAUGAUAUUUGGUUCAUUCUGAGAAGACAUGUAAUAUUUAACAAAUAUAAAACAUUUUCCGUGUUGAUAUACAGUUAUAUCAACACGAGUGGAAAUUGGGAAAACGAGAAAUUGUGUGGAAACACGACGCCCGAAGGGUGGAGUGUUUUCACACAAUUUCGAGUUUUCCCAAUUUCCACGAGUGUUGAUAUAACUGUAUAUCAAUACGGAAAAAAGUUUUAUAUUUGUUUUAUAUUUUAGCAAAAAGAAAUAUAAAGAAAGAAAUUUUCCGACGUUUCCGUGUUGACAUUUUAGUUAUAUCAACACGGCUCUUAGCCAAUCAGCGUUCAGAAUUUACAAAUGCUAUAUUAUGAAUCUUUAUAGUGAAAUUCAUCCUGAUCAACCUUUUCACUGAUUCAACCUUGACAAUGAGAAAGUUGAUCGAGAUGAAGCUUUAAACAUUACUUUGUCUUAAUAAUGCUGAGAUCAUUAUUCUUAGAAUGACCCAAUAUUACACAUAAAAAUUAUUAUUGGAGGUCAGUGUACUUAAGUUUAAAACGUCUCACAAAUGUAAUAUAUAUGUUCAUAGUGUAUAUAGUUUACAGUGUAAACAUUUAUUCAUAUUCUUUUUUAGAAAUGUAAUAUUCAAAAAUAUUGUACAUAAUAAACUGCAAAUAGAAUGUAUUAUAGCAUUAUUUCACCACUAUCUUAAUUGAAUGAUUAAAAUUUAAUCUUCUCAGUUCUGACCUAGUUUUAUUUUUAUUUUGCAUUGCAAAACAGCCGCAAAACUAUCCUGCUAUUUCUAUUCCUUACGUCCGUCCGUCCGCGUUUAUCUUUUAUGCGGUAUC